ACCAAACACUCCACAGAGUCCACAGGAGAACGCCUACGCCUAAGUGAUACAACCUUAUUUUAGUUCAUUUAAGGUCGAAAUUGCUUCUGAAAACUUUACCCAACUACAAAUACAAUCUCGAAGAUGUCUCUCGCCACACACAAGAUAAACGAGAGGCUACAAAGAGACAGAGGGGAGGAGAGAGAGUGCCGCCUCGUCUGGACUAUAAACAUGGAGGAGAUGUUGAUCUAUUUUGUACGUGGGAACCGCAUGCUUUGGGAUCCCACGCACCCUUCCUUUGCUAAAUUGGCGAUGAAGAAGAGGAGGGUGGAGGAUAUUGCAGCUCUCCUAAAGCGGGAAGUUGGCCCAGAGGAAGCCUUUGCUGUGACUGCUGAAAACGUUUGGAAGAAGUUCAGGAGCAUGCGACUAUUCUUCCUGCGAGAAGUGAAGAAGGUUCAUGACUCGAGGAGCAACAUUGGUGAUGAUGGUUACACCUCCACAUGGGCGCACUACAACAGAAUGCGCUUCUUGCUUCAGUCUCUGAGACCAAAGGAAAACCAAGACAGUGAUCACCCACGUCAUAUCUCAGUAUUAGGUGCUGAUUUAACUGUGAGUAGCAGCAACUCAGAUAUCAGAACUUCAGCACCUACGGCAAACGACAGCUCAUCAAGAUGUGAAGCUUCAACAACCCGUCAGCCUAAUGGAGUCAAUGUUGGCCUUGCAAAAUAUGAAACCCCCUCAGCUUCUCAGCCCAGAGUAACUGGCAGUGGAGGAAUCAAGUUUGAAAGUCACUUAUCACCUCAUUCAACUGCACCCAGAGCCUCCACUUCAUCAAAUUCAGCUGCUAGGAAUGACAUUCACCACCAAGGUCCUCCUAGGAAAAGACAGAGAACUCCCAUACCUACAAGUGAUGCCCUGGAAAGAGUAGUGGAGUCUUUACAGAAUAUAAGGAGAGAUUGUAGUGAUGUGGCAGGUACCUUUGGUAACUUUGUGGCUGCUUCUCUUCGUAGGUUGCCAGAGGAUAAGCAACAUGAUGUAAUUUCAUCAAUAACAAGAGUGUUAUCAGAUUCUCACAAGAACUGAAUCAGUGUCUUUGAUUAUCAGAGAAUGAAGAAAUCAUUUAUUCUAAGCUUUGGGAUGUUGGACCAAUGUAGGACUGAUAUUUCACUUAAAUUUUCUAAUUUCUUUCUCUUAUUUUUUUCUUUUCUAAGACGUUUACAAAUUUCCACUUAUUUUGAUAAUGGUCUUAGGCUGGUAGAAUAACCUUUUCUAUUUGAAAGGUUACAGUAAUGAAUUGAUUAGUUUAUUGCACAGUUUUCAAGUCAUUAUUUAUUUGUAAAACAAAUAAACUUUUAUUGUUACAAUCCAUAGAUAAUUUGAUACAGUAUAUGAUUAUAAUUAUAAUUUAACAGACAAAUAUAUGUAUGCCUUCAAGCUUCAAACUAUUAGCAUUGUUUUAAUACUUAUUGUAUUAAAAGUACACGAAA